UGCCUUCUCUAUAUAUAUCCCUCACCUGCAGAUAGAAAAAAGUGAUUUUUCAAGACAUUCUUACCUCAGGAAAGCAGGGAUAGAUAGCAACAAUGGCGAAGGCAAUAGUUCUGUUAGUUCUCGCAUUGGUGGCCAUCCCGGAGGCAUUCGGAGCCACAACCCACACCGUCGGUGGGUCGCAGGGCUGGACGCAGGGCUUCGACUACUCCACCUGGGCUUCUGGCGAGACCUUUGCUGUUGGUGACACCUUAGAGUUCAAAUACGGUGCGACACACACUGUGGAUGAAGUAUCGAAGGAUGAUUAUGACAACUGCAACACUGGCAGCCCUACCAAGACCUACAACUCGGGAGAUGAUCGCAUUGUCUUGAACAGCACUGGCCCUAUGUACUUCAUAUGCCCAACGUUGGGUCACUGCAGCGGCGGCAUGAAGCUGGCCAUCAAUGUGGUGGCAGCCUCAGGCAGCACCCCACCUUCAACCUCAUCUCCCCCGUCGUCAACCACCAGCCCUCCAGGAAGCCCUGAAACUCCCACUGCUCCCCCGCCACCAUCGACUACCGGCAGCAACGGAGCAACUGGUGUUUUCUGCAGCAAGAUCAACGUCAUUCUCGGGCUUACGCUGGUGCUGGCGACAGUUGGUGCAUCGAUGUUCUAGGGGAGAGGCAGUGCUAUUUACAUUGUUGUCGUUAUUGUUAUUUCUAUUUGUUGUUGGUGGCCUGUAAGUUACUUGAAUUUCAUUUUGGACAUUCAGGACAUUUUUUUCCAUUUUCUACGUACCUUUGACCUUCAUGAAGAAAUACGUAAAUUAUGCUUCGAGUUAGCGUUUUGAAAUCAUCAUAACCACGUUUUGUUGGAAUGUAAUUGGUGAUGAAUUAAAUAGGUAAGGAAUCACAAUAAAAUUGUCU